ACACACACACUCUCUCUCUCUACCAUCAGAAUUUGCAUCUCUCUCUCUCUCUCUCAAUCUGCAAUCCCUCAAUCUCUAUUCUCUAUAGGGUCAAAAAUUCUCUAUUCUCUCUCUACCAUCUGAAUUUGUAUCUCACUCAAAAUUUGUAUUCUCUCUUAUUUCACUGUCUCACAUCUACUGAAUCUCACUUUCCUGUCAUCUAUUUUAUUUUUCAUGGAUCAGACUUAGAAUAUGCAAGAGGUAUGGUUUUUAAUUCUCUUCUUUAGUUUCCUCAACCACAACAAGUGUUUUUUUCCUCUCUGUUUUUCUGGUGCUCCCAUGUCCUGCUUUGUAUUUUGUUCUCUUGGAUGAAUCUGAUUUUGUCUCACUCCCUUUCUCUCUCUCUUUGUGUGUGCAAUUUCUCGCAUUCAGUGUCUUAGUUUUCCUGUUAAAUUUGAAUUAGGCUGUCUCUUGGACCUGAAUUUGUAUCUGUCUUGAGUGUCUCUUUGUGAAUCUUCACUUUUCUCUCACUUUUGUUUGUCAUUCAAAAUCAAACUCGGUGUAUUUGUCUGUAUUUCUAUAUAUUUCCUUUAUAUUCCGAAUUGCAUCGUACAUCUCCUUAGAGAGAGAAGAAAAAGAAAGAAACUAAAAAUGGAAGUGAUAAGUAGAAUUGUGGAAAAGAUGAUAGAGCCCAUCGUAGUACAUCAAUUUGGUUAUUUGCUUCACUGCAAGCAAAACAUUGAGGAAUUUCGUGUUGAAGUUGACAAACUCAGAGAUGCCAAGGAAAUGGUCCAGGAUAGGGUCAAUGAAGCCGAAAACAAUGGUGAAGUCGUUGAGAAAAAUGUCUCCAAGUGGCUUGAUAAAGUGCACACCAGAUUGGAGAUGAUGGAAGAAGUCAGCAACAGAUUACAACAAGGCACAGAAAAUCUCAAGUGUGUUGAUGUAUGCUCACGCUACAGGUUGGGUAAGGAAGGAAAAAAGAAGAAGACUGUUGUUACCAAGCUUAUGGAGGAGGGCAAAUUUGACACUGUUGCACGUCGACCUCCUCUCACUGGUAUUUGGCGCUCAAACAGCAUGAAGUAUGAGUUUUUUGAAUCCAGAGAGACGGUUUUUAAGCGGAUCAUGGAGGCACUAAAAGAUGAUAGGAUUUACAAAAUUGGGAUACAUGGAAUGCCAGGUGUCGGGAAAACAAGAUUGAUGAAGGAAGUUGCCCAACAAGCUGAAAAAGAUAAGCUCUUUGAUGAGAUUGCCCAAGUAGUUGUUACCCACAAUCCAAAUAUAAAAGAAAUUCAACAAGAACUUGCAGAAGGUUUGAAUUAUAAAUUAGAAGAAGAGACUGGAGAUGCAAGAAAGGGGCGGCUACAUCGAAGACUGAAAAAUGGUAACAAGAUUCUUGUAAUGGUGGAUGACGUUUGGGAUGAUCAAAUUAAGUUGGAGGACAUAGGAAUUCCAGCUACAGAUGAUCAUAGUAAGGGUUGCAAAAUUUUGUUGACCUCUCGGAGACGAGACGUAUGCAAAGAGAUGGGUGUUCAGGACAAAGAGAACUUCCAAAUUGGAAUCUUAUCAGAAGAUGAAGCAUGGUCCCUAUUCAAGAAGAAGGUAGGAGAUUCUAUCGUAACUCAUGAAAUGCAAUUUGUGGCAGAAGCGGUGUGUGGAGAAUGCGCAGGUUUACCCUUGGCAAUACUUGCAGUUGGAGGAGCCCUAAAGAAUGAGAGUGAGGAAGUAUGGGAAGAUGCACUUGAGCAACUGAAAAAUUCUACGACAGAUAACAUUGGGGGAAUGGCGGAAACACUCUAUUCGCGCAUAAAAUUGAGCUACAAUCAUCUACAUCCUGUUGAUGCGAAGUCAAUUUUUUUGCUUUGUUGUUUGUUCGGAGAAGAUGCUGAGAUUUCUAUUGAUGACUUGGCGAGCUAUGGAUUUGGAAUGCGGCUUUUCCGAGGCGUGAAUUCAUUGAAAACAGCUAGGAAUAGAGCUCGUACGAUGGUCAAUACCCUCAAGGUAUAUUCUCUACUCUUAGAAGGUAGAAAUGAAAAUUUCGUGAAAAUGCACGAUGUCAUUCGAGAUGUCGCCAUCUCCAUUGCAUCAGAAGGGGGAGAUUUCAUGUUUCUAAUGAAAGCCAAUGUGGAUAAGUGGCCUGAGGAUGAUGAAUAUAAAAGAUGCAGAGCAAUCUCACUAACGUUGAAAAAGGAUUGUGUGCUUCCCGAUUAUUUAGAAUAUCCAGCACUACGCACCUUAAUGUUGCAAUGUCACUAUCCUUUAUCAAUAGCUCAAAGCAACAUUACUUCACCAGAAGUUCCAAGUAACUUUUUUAAAGGGAUGGAGAAGCUUGAAGUUGUACAAUUGCUUGGCAUGUGCAUCUCGACAGUACCAUUAUCACUUCAAAAUCUUCGGAUGUUACAGUUAUACAAUUGCAAAUUUGUGAACCUAGCUUUUCUCAAGGAGUUACAAAAACUUGAGAUACUAAGCAUUCAAGAUUUUUUUAAUCGGGAAGAAUUGACUCUGGAUAUAGGAAACUUGUCUAGUCUGCGCUCGUUGGAUGUGAGAGGCAUUUACAAGCUCAAAAUCCUUCCAGGUGUCAUAUCAAGUCUAUCCCAGCUUGAGGAAUUUCACAUUACAGGCUUUGACCAAUGGGAGAUUGAAGGCAAUGCAAGCCUGGUUGAACUAAAUUCAUUGACUCGCUUAAUAAGUUUAAGAGUUCGUGUGCCAAAUGUCAAGUUACUGCCCAUCAAUGAGCUCCUGUCUAAGUCGUUAAUCAGAUUUCAAAUAUCCAUUGGGUUUGACUUAGGAUCAUUGGGUUCCGGGAAAAUUUCGGCAACAGCAACAGCAACAAGGAUAUUGAAACUAGUGGGAAUUCCUUUGAAGAGGGAGCUUCACAUUUUGAUGGAGAAAGCUGAAGUGCUACAUUUAGUAGAACUCGAAAUUUUAAAGAAUGUGAGUCAAGGCAGAGAUGGUGAGGGGUUUCUAGACUUGAAAUAUCUUGGAGUUGAGGAUUGUAAGGGGAUAGAACAUUUAUUUGGCCGACCAAAUUUGAAUUCACGGACCAUCGGAUCACGUGUGUCUUGUUCUUUUAGUAAAUUAAGUAUUUUACAAGUAAUAAACAGUCAUUCAAGAUAUCUCUUCUCCGCAGUCGCAGCAAGAGGCCUUCUGCAACUCCAAGAAUUAACCAUACGUAACUGUGAAAUCUUGGAAGAAAUAGUUGGAGAUGACAAUGAAAUCAUGGAUACAGUUACUUUUCAUCAAUUAAAGAAAAUUGAGCUGUGGAAUCUUCCAAAACUGAGAAGCUUCAAUGCCAAUACAUCAGCUGAAGAAUGCAAUGUGUCUGGCCAUGCACAACUGUUUAAUGAUAAGGUUAGGUUCCCAGCUUUGGAGGAAUUGGAGAUUAUAUAUUUGAAAAGUCUCACAGCAAUAUGGGACAAUCAAUUAUUCCUAGGUCCAGAAGCAGAAGAUUCCUUCCGGCAGCUGAGGCUCAUUAAAGUGUAUGACUGUGAGAAACUAGUAAACGUCAUUCCACCCAAUGUACUCCUGUUGUUACAGAAACUCGAAAGUCUCAAAGUUAAUUCAUGUGAUUCAAUUGUAUCUGGAGUUGAAGUGGUUGCUAUUGAAGAAGGUGGUGAUGAGAUCGUCGUGUUUCCUCAAUUAAAGACUAUGGAACUUUCAUGUUUGCCAAAGCUCUAUACUUUCUGUUGUAGUGGAGGAUCCAAAGAAGAAGCAAGUGAUAAGAUCCUAGUGUUCCCUCAAUUAAACAAAAUGGAACUUUCAAGUUUGCCAAAGUUCAGUAGUUUCUGCUGCUUCAGAAAUGAAAAAGAAAGCAUAUUGAAGGAGAAUAUUCCUCAACAAGAAGCUCUCUUCAACCACAAGGUUAAAUUUCCUUUCUUGGAGAAGUUGUUUAUUGAGGGAAUGAACAACUAUAGGUGUCUCAAGCUAUUAAAUGUUGCUUCAACAGAAUCACUUACAAGUUUCCAGAACCUAAAAGAGCUCCGUGUGAAACGGUGCGACUCCCUGCAAGAGGUAUUUAAAGUUGAAGGAUCAAAGGGAGCAGAAGAAACAGUUGCAAGCUAUAAAGCUAUGGGAAAAGAAGUGGAGAACAAUCUUGUGUUCACUCGAUUAAAUAAAGUGGUCUUUACAGACCUACCGUCCCUGAUGAGCUUUUGCGGCAGGAAUUGCAUUUCUGAAUUGCCAUCUGUAAUAAAAAUUACAAUAGAAUGCUGUCCCAAAUUGGAGAUGUUUCCUUGCCGAUACCUGAACACUGAACCAUUGCGGAACUUGAAUAUGGUGGAGCUAAAUACAGUGGAUGCCCCCUUACAACCAUUGCCGAAUGAAAUGGUUGAAUUUCCUAUCUUGGAUAGAUUGAUACUGAGUGAUGAGAGCAUCUUUGAAGGUACUUGCCAUGUCCUUCCCUUUUGCAAAGUAAUAAGAUCCCUGAAGGUGAGCAACUGCAGCAACUUUGUAAAUGUUUCUACCCUGCUACAGCGGUUUGAGAUUACUCAAAUGAAAAAAUUGACACUAGUGGAUUUACCUAAAUUGGAGCGUAUUUGGAUAAUGGAACCGCAGGGGCUUCUGGUGUUUCACAACCUAACAAAAUUGAGAGUAGAAAAAUGUGUCGGACUGAAGUAUCUAUUCUCACUCUCAAUAGCAAGAAGUCUCACACAACUCAGGGAUCUAAGCAUUGUUAAUUGUGCUGUGAUGGAAGAAAUAUUUAAAAAUGAAGGAGGGGGAGAAGGAGAAGAUGCCACGGAUGAAAUUGUGUUCUCUCAGCUACGGUAUCUGAAACUUUCAUCUCUACCUAACCUCACAUGUUUUUGUCAGGCAAACAAUGCUUUUAAAAUCCCAUCCUUGACGAUUGUUGAAAUAUACCAGUGUCCAGAAUUGAAGACUUUCACAUCUGGAUACUUAAGCACAGUGGAUAUAACAGUAAUCGUACAGGGGAAGUUAGCUCGUGUAAGCGACAUUAAUGAUUAUGUGCGGAACGGAAAGGUUACUACGUGCCUUUCUCGUUGCUACAGUAUUUGAAGUAGAAAAAUGCAUCGAACUGAAGAAGUGUUCUCUCAGCUACGAUAUCUGCUGCUGCUUUCAUCUUUACCAAACCUCACAUGUUUUUGUCACGUGUUCAUAUAUACAAGUGUCCGGAAUUGAAGACUUCGGGGACUAGCUGUGGAGGAUAACGUUUCAUUCCCAAUCGAUGUGGGACAAUGUUCAAAAACUUUUACAAUUUAUUUCUUGUUUUUAUAAUAUCCUUUCACACUUAAUUUUGUAUUCACUUUCAAUGUGGGAUAAAGUCUUUUAUCUUUGAAUGUGAGAUCAUCAUUUCUCCCUAGAAA